UUUCCUCAGGUCUACAUUCCUUCCACCAGAUCUGUCAGCAGUCUACCGUCCGUCCUCAACUUUGUGUGCAUCUCUCCUACAACCAUCACUAGCCUCACGGCCCUUUCCCCUCUACUUCGCUCGUAAACAUGGCGCUCAUAACGCAAGAGCUCGCGGGCUGUAGGCGUUAGGCGAGGGGAUGCAUUCAGCCGAGGGCCGGAGUCUUACGGCUUGCUGCCGUGGACGGAAUGUGCGCGCGGGCCGCGACGAUGGCUGGCACGGCUGCGGUCGAGGCAGUCGCCACGCUGUGAGGAAGAAUCGCCGAGGCAUCCGGUGGCGUGCACGCGACGAAUACCGGCUAUCGGCGUGCGAUCGUCGUCGCCGGGUGCUCAUUGCAAGAUCUGACAGCACGGACGGCCAAAGGCGUCGGGCUUACCGGUGCGGGAGGCCGGAGGCAGACGCUUCUCGAGGCUCGCUGGGAGCUUCGGUCACGGCGGCCGGAGUCAGACGCGUAUCUCUAGCAUCACGGACAUCAGUAGCAGCACGCCCGGAGAUAGAACUGUUCUCUCGCUAUCUCUCGUGUUCCCAGCAGUCAGAUCCUCUGAUCGUUCCUAAAUCCUCGCGGCUGCCUCAUCUAGACCGACGUUCCCAAUCUGCUCUCGCUACACGACUUCCCAUUCACGCCGCUUGCCCACUGUAGCCGACUGUCCAGCAACCUAUCGCGCGCGGCUGAGCGGAUCCCCCCGAGUGACCUCCUCCUUGUGCUGUGCUCUCCGCGGAGCAUCUUCGAGUUGACAUCGUGUUGAGUGCUCGCCGAGUUAAGCAGGCGGCGCUCACACGCGAUCGUGAGCGGCACUGCACUGACGGAGGUGACAGUAUCGGGAGUAAAGCCGAGGUUUGUGCAGGAGAAGCGGAAAAAACGGCAAGAGCGACGGCAGGUACGGGGGACUCAAGGGAGCGCGGUCGAGGCGGGAUGCCGCGGUCAGGUGUCUUCGGGGGUGGCGGCGGGGGAGUGAUCGUUCCCACCAUGGACGUGCGCCAACGCGCCACGCCCAACCUUCCGCCACUAGCAGCGGAAGAGGAGUUGCAGCCGCCGCCUCCACCGCCUCCACCGCCUCCCACGCCCUCGACUACAGCACCCCCCGCGCCCUCCUUCCCCGCGCUCUCUUUCCCCGCGCCCUCCUUCCCGCCGCUGCCCUCCCGGCGCUCUCUACUGUCGGAUGCAAUGGGGGAAGCAUCAGCGGUAGGGGGGAGUACCAGGAUGCAGGGCGCGGCGAUGGGGCCGGGGAGGGACGCGACGAGGAUCACGGCAACGACCAUCAGCGGUUUCGUUGUGCCGGCAGCAACAGCACCAGCAGCAGAGACGGGAGCGGCAUCGGAUAUCUUCCACCCGCCUCCUCCCCCUCCCCCCACGCCAGCGGGGCAGGCCACGCGGUCGUUCACCACCACCCGAGGCUUCGCUGUGCCCGACCCUCGUUCCGUGGGCUCGCCGUUCGAACCCGUGGGCGGUCGUUCGGGUAGCGGCUCUACGGGCGUCGCAGGUCGUGGGUGGCCCUCUGCCGCUGCUGCCGCGGCGUCAAACAGCUCUCGUGCUGUCGCUCCCGCUGCUGUCACCCCCGCUGCAGUCACUGCCGCCGUAGCAGCGUCGGCUCGAGAUGCAUGGUUCCUCCCGUCUGCUGCUGCCGCGGCUGCCGCCGCCGCCACGGCUGCUGCGGCGGCCGCUGCAGCGUCAGCAGCUGAUUCGGCAGGUUUUGCGACGGCGGCGGAGGAGGAGGAGGCGGGGAUGGUGAGGGUUGUGGGGUUCUCUGGGAGAUCCAGCGGUAGCUUCCGAUUGGACCGAUCCGCCAGUCGCGAGGGCGGGGCGACUGUCGGCGCCGGUCUGGCGGCACUAGUGUCGGACUCGCCGGGUGGGGGCUUAAUAUCCGGCUCGCCUGGGCUGGGGUCCCAUGUGUUCGCGCAUUUGAACGAGGAGGAUGAAGGAUUGGACAAAGAGGGGGGGGGAGCAGCGGCAGACGCGGAGGGGGAGGUAGUAAUGCAGGCGGUGGGGACGGAUGAUGGCGGGUACGCGGAAGAGGAGGAGGACGAGGUGCGGGGGCGGGAGGUGCGGGCGUGUUUUCCGACGUCGGCGCCCAAGAUCUCCUUCGGGCUGGGGUGGAACUUCCGCCGCCUCAACACCCGCGGCACCGUGUCUCGCAGCAGCAAGCCGGACGCGGCAGCUGUGAGCGGCGUGGUGGCGGGCAGCCUGGGCAGCAGCAUGGGCAGCUACUUCUCGCGCACGGCCAGCAGCCCCUGCUUCCCCUUCCUGCAGACGUCGUCCCCCACCACCCUCCCGCCGCUGCCGUCCAUCUACAGCUCGUCGCACUCGCUCAAGUCGGCGGCAGCUGCCGCCAUCGCGGCCGCAAGGGCCGCGUCAGCCCCCUCGCUGGCUUCGGCCGCUGCUGCCGCAUCCCCUGCGGCUGCUGCGUCGUCGCUUACCUCCCCCCGGUGUGCGUUGGGUGGCUUCUCUUCCGCGGUGAGCGUGGGCGUUGUAACGUCCAGCCUGCCUUCCAGGUUCAGCUCUGCUUUCCCCAACCCCCCUGCUGCACCCGUGGCGCCCACACGGCAUGGCGCAUCUCGCUUCGAUCCCGUGGCCCUGCAAGAGGCGGUUCCGCCCCACUGUGCAGUGGCGUGCGCGCAUCCAGUCCAUGUGCGUGCGAGCAUUCGGCCCAGCGAGGAGGGGUUUGGUGUGCCGCAGCAGUGGCAGGCCAAGGCGGACGGCCUGCCUGUGGGCCGCAGCAAGCUCAGCAGGGUGGCAGAGGCGGCAGUGAGUGGCGCUACAGACUCGGCUGUAGCGGCAGAGGCAGCGGAGGUGCUGGAGGCGAAGGAAGAAGCGAUGACCGUACCAGUGCUGGCAGCAGCAGCAGCCGCAGCACAAGGGAUCGUGGCAAAUGAGUCGGAGGCAGAAGUGACGCUACCUGCGCAAGCAGCAGUUGAAGCGGACUGUGCGUGUGAAGCAGAAGCGGGGGCCUUGCCUGACGAGCCCCCCGCUGCCUGUCUGCGUGUGGCGCUGGACUCGCCUGCAGAGCAGCAGUUCGUCUCCACUCUCUCCGCGUUAGAAGACGUCUGGCUCGCAGAGAACGUGUCCCUCGGCCUCGCGUGGCCGCGCAGCCUCGUUUCUCCCGCGCCUCUCACCACCGCCCUCUCCUCCCCGGCGCCUGCUGCGUGCAUCGCGCCCGCCGCCGCCGUGCCUCCCCCCGUGCUGCACCUGGUGGGCGCGGUGCAGGAGGGGCUGCGGGCGGGCGCGCAGCCGGUGCGGGCGUCGGGGGGUCUGGGCGGGGCGUACAUAUUCCGGGACGCGGAGCAGCGCAACGUGGCGAUCGUGAAGCCGACGGACGAGGAGCCCCUGGCGCCCAACAACCCCAACGGCUACGUGGGGCGCGCGCUGGGGCAGCCGGGGCUGAAGCGCAGCAUCCGCGUGGGCGAGGCGGGGCUCCGCGAGGUGGCGGCGUUCCUGCUGGACCACGGGGGAUUCGCUGGAGUGCCCGCCACCGCGCUCGUGCUCGCCACGCACCCCGUCUUCCACGUCAACGCCGCCGCAGCCAUGGGGCCGCUCACCACGGCGCGCACGUCGGCGACGGCGGGCGGGCUGUCCAGUGCGUUCUCGUUCUCCGUCGGGUCCAGUGCCUCCACGGCCUCAGCUGCUGCUGCCGCUGUCGUGGGUGUCAGGGCCUCGGGCGGUGGCGAUGGGAGCUGCAGUGGCGGGCGGCGGCUGUGCUCGCUGCAGCGGUUUGAGCCGCAUGACUUUGAUGCGAGCGAGCAUGGCACGUCGCGGUUCCCCGUGGCUGCUGUUCACCGCAUAGGCAUCCUCGACAUCCGCAUGUUCAACACCGACCGGCACUCUGGCAACAUCUUGGUGCGGCAGCUGAGCGGCGAGGAGCGGUCGUGGCGGCGGGUUGACCCGCAGCUGCGCGUGGACGAGGCGGUGCACCUGGUGCCCAUUGACCACGGCUUCUGCCUGCCCGACACACUCGAGCCCGCCUACUUCGAGUGGCUGCACUGGCCGCAGGCGUCGCUGCCGUUCUCGGCCGAGGAGCUGGAGUACAUAGCGGCGCUGGACGCGGAGCGGGACGUGGCGGUGCUGCGGCAGCACCUGCCGCUGCUGCGCGAGGGGUGUCUGCGUGUGCUCGUCAUCGCCACCACGCUUCUGCAGCGCGCCGCUGCCGCCGGCAUGACGUUGGCGGGGAUCGGCGCGAUGAUGAGCCGCGAGGUGCGCGGGCUGGACGAGCACCCCAGCGACCUCGAGCUCGUCUGCGCUGACGCGCUCAGGGAGAUGAAACGCGUGCGCGCCGCGCUGGGGGAGGGGGACGGGGAGGAGGAGGGGGAGGGGGGAUGGCGAAGGGAGAGUGGGGAGGGGAGUACGAGGGAGGGGGGUAUUCAGGAAGAGGAGGGGGAGGGGGAGGGGGAGGACGAGGAGGAGGAGGAUUUGUCAGGGAGUGAGGAGGAGGAGGGUAUAUUUGGCGUUGAUGGGUUUGGGGAUGAGGGAGGAGAGAUAGAUGCCGUGCUGGAAGGGGAGGAAGGGGAGGAAGGAGAGUGGUCGGAUGAGGAGGAGGAGGAUGUGGAAGAGUCGGGAUGCAGGGGGGCGGGCAGUGACGCAGAAUGCGCCAACGGUGUAGGCAACGAGGAAGAGGAGGGGGAGGAGGAGGUAGGCAGCUGUGUGAUUCCGGAGUCUCUGCUGUGGAAGAAAGGUGCACGGUGGGGUGACACGGACUCAGAGGAUGAGGACGAGGAAGAGGAGGAGGAUGGGAAGGAGGAGGAAGAGGAGGAGGAAGCAGAGGGGGCAAGGGAGCAUUCGGGGUGCGCUGAAGCAUUCGGGGGGGAAGGUAUUGAGCAAGGAUUGGCGCAUGCGAGCAUGGGCGUGCAGGAAGGGUUUGCCAUAGCUACAGGGUGCACUGUCAGUGAUUCCGUGACAGGGGGCGAGGAGCAGUUUGAGUUCGAUGAGGAGCCUGAUGUAGAGAGUGCAUCUUACCGGCAUCACUACCAGCAGGGCCUCAAGCAGCAGCAGCAGCAGCCGCGCCUUGUUCCCCCAUCUGCCUCCACGUCCCGCUCUCCCAGCAGCGACAGCAAUCACAGCAAUGACUGCGGGGAUAGCACCACGAGCAGCAGCAAUGGUGCUGGUCUGGGCAUGCGGCAGCAUGGCAGUGAGAUGGAUGACUUCCCCCCCAUGGGAGUGGGCUCCAUGAGCUCCUCCCCUCCCUCCUCUCUCGCCUCCCCGCCCCCGCCUGCCCUCGCCGCUGCAGCAGCUGCUGUACCGGACCUGGAUCCCCCUCCUGCCGCUCCUCUGCUCUAUGCUCUCCACGGCUCCCGUGCAUCGUCGCCCUCAUGGCACACACCCCCGCAACCAGCAGACGCACCACCAGCACGGGUGCAUGCUGGUCGGAGCAGUGAGCCCGCUACCUCCCUGCCUGUGCUGUCAUCUUCGCCCGAGCCUGCAACAGCCCAGCCUGUCCCCGUGCCCGCUGUGGCCCACCACUUCAUUGCCAAGUCCACCCGCCUCGGCUCGUCCUACGCCCCUCCGCCCCGCCACCUCGCUCGCCCUCUCUUCCGCAAGCCCAUGGCCGCCCUCCCCCCCCGCACGUCCGCACAGGCCUCGCACACUGCAGCGCCUGCUGCUGUGGUGGUGCAGGCGGGGUUCAGUGGGGCGCUGGGUGCAGGUGGGGGCAGCGUGAGUGGUAUGGGUGGCGCUGCUGGCAGCAGCGGUGGCAGCGGGUCCAGCGCAAGGAGGGCAGUUGGUCGCUCCAAGCUUGGCAGCACCAGCAGCAGCAGCAGCAGUGGCGAAGAGGGAGGUGGCGAGGAGGCGAGUGGUGAAGGCACAGCAGGUGGUGGGGUGGGCAGUGGGACGCAGCAGAGGGCCCUGCAGCAGAGGCACAGCUCGAAGCAAAGGCGCAGCAGCGGCCAUGUGAAGGGCUCAAAGCAGCACGGGUGGCAGCAACGGGGGCAGGCGCAGGGCGGAGUGGCACUGGACCCUCGGGAGAGUGAGGCGGGGGAUGAGCUGGGAGCGCAGCUGAUGGAGCUGGGCGAGCUGGGUGUGCGGGCGUGGCAGGUGUACCAGGAGGUGCUCGUGGCGCUGCUGGACGACCUCAUCCUCAGGAGGAGCGGCGAGUCCGUCUCCAACCGCCUGCACUUCGGCACUUCCUGCCAGUUCUAGGGGGGCUUUCAUUGCACCCAUGAUGCUCCAGUUGUGCAAAAGCGUGUGACAUGGUGCCAUGGGUCCCAUCCAUGUUCCAUCUCCCGUCCCGUCCGGUUACCUUGCUGCCCACACUAUGCUAUGUACAGUUGUCAGCGGCGCAUGCAUACUCAAAGCUUGAGUGCUUGACUGGUGUGUGGCUGGGCUGUUUGAUGAUUUGACUAGGUGAUGCUGUGGCUAGGUUGGUUGCUUCCUGGCUCGUGGCUCUCGAUGUUUGAGCUUUUAGUCAGGUGUAUGCUGGUUUUAUAGGUACUGUAUGAGUUGGGAUUCUGUGUGGCUUGUGGUGCUUGCUAUGCUAACGUUAAGGUUGUGAAAUUCCGUUGUUAGAU